AUGGUGCGAAAUCGGGCCAGCGGGGCUUCGUUGCGGGAGACGGUUGACUUGACCGGCAUCAUGACUAUGGCCGAGAAGGAAGACCUUGUUAUACUCAUUUCCCGUAUCAUGGAGAGGAUGAGCCGCCAGCUCGGCGAGUCGUUUGAUGCCGCCCCUACUUGCGUUGACAGGGCUGUCGAUAUAGUGAAUGAAUGGGUACAUGUCACCGUCAACAAGGACGAAAGCCCCACGCAAACCGGCGACGAGCAGAAUCCGGCGAAAGGCAACGACGACCCUGCGGUUACCAUACCCGUCACCUCUAACGAGCCAGGUCGAGCUAGCGGCUCUCCACCUGCUGUUGAGAAUCAGCCCAAGUCGGUCGUUGACGAGUCGUCCUCGCGGCUGAGCCAGUUAAAAAAGGAGCUGGUUGAAGCCUUUGAGAAGUGGCAGAGGGCCGUCCUCCAAAAGAUUCGCGAGAUCCACAUCACCCAGCCAGCCCAGUCGGGCCAUGCUCCUGAAAACGAAGGACCGGGAGGCAGAGGUAGAGGAUUUCGUGGCGGUCGAGGCGGCAUGCGGGGUGGACGGGGCCGCGGCGGCCCAGCUAUCCAAACCACUGCUCCCCUUCGACCCCCGCCUUUCAACGAGACCGAUCCUGAGUUGAUUCAGCGAUUUCGUCCAAGCCCCACGCCUCUCUGGCAGUUGCCACUCUGGAAUAGGAAGCGCCUCCUCCACAUCGUCUUGCUGCUCCUCCUGUCCAUGGAGGACUACCCGUCAUAUGCGCGUCUUCUCAUGCUUCAUUUGACUUCCUCCCUACAACUGCCCCUAAGGACUUACCAAGAAGACGAGGUCCAUGUCGCUAGAUGCCUCGGCAAACUUGCGGCCGCGUUCGAUCCAGAUGAAGCCAUGAAAAAGUUCCUAGAGCAAAAGGCUGCGCGAAGGGGUAAAGGAAACGGUCAGGCGCCUGUCACAACCCCUCUCUCAGUUGUCAAUAAAGCCUCGCCGAUCAUCAUGGCGGAAAUGGGAACACCUCUCGGUGCCGGCGGGCUUGCAAAGACUGCGGCUACGGGCUUGCUCGGAUAUUUCGGGUUUGUCCCCCUUCAUGGCGACGAUCAGAAUGUCCUCCAGAAAACGCAGGAUGUCCUGCCUAGCGAUCGGCGUCUCCAGCUAAGCUGGGUUCUUAAUGGCUGGUUGACGGAGGAGAGCAGCGUGACGAAGUCGUGGAAAUGCCUUGGUCGCCAGGCAGAGACAUAUGCAGUUCGUUGGGAAGUGUCGGCGCUCUCAAGCCUAGGGAUCGCCUUGGAGACUGCUGUCGGAAGUGCUGCUUGGGCUAGGGCACAUCGGGAACUCCGUUCGAGAUCCGGCAUGGAUGUCGUCCGGAGUGGACAGUGGCCGUCGUCCAUUUUAAAAAUUAAUAAGAUUGUGGAUAAUGCCUGGAACGUCGGCAUGGUACGAGCAGACAAGACAGGACUGAUUCUUGCGGAUACGAUCCAACGGAAGGUACAAGGUGGCAGACCCAUCAAUCUUUUAGGUCACAGCCUCGCCGCGCGAACGAUAUAUGUCUGCCUCAUGGCCCUAGCCGAGAGGCGUCAGUUUGGCCUGGUCGACUCAGUUGUGCUGUUUGGAGCACCUGCCCCCUCCGAAACCCAUGUGUGGCUGACGCUGAAGAGCGCUGUUGCUGGCCGGCUCGUGAACGUUUAUUCGGACAGGGAUUACAUGUUGGGUUUUAUGAUGCGAAUGUCGAAUACCAACUUUGGUGUUGCUGGAUUGCAGCCGAUUGUCGACGUACCAGGUGUGGAGAAUUAUGAUGCCAGCACCUUUGUCAGCGGUCACCUAAGAUACCAAUACCUCAUUGGAAUGAUCCUCCGCGAUAUAGGAUGGGAGGACAUCGAUGUUAAGCAGGUAGCCGAGGACCAGGCCACACUAGCAGAAAUGGACCGGAAGUUUGGCACGACCACGCUUCCUACGCCUCUUGGAAGAACGGAACCUACCACUGGCAAUGCAGACACUGCCAAUGAAGCCGCUGAUAAUGAAAACGCUGGCAGUGAAACCGCUAGCACCGACGGAAACUCUAGUCGGGGGGGCAGGGGCGGCAGAGGCGGUAGGGGAGGUAGGGGUGCUAGGGCGAGGGGUAAUGGGCGUGGUCAGCCACAUGCUCAUGGUGGUGAAGGCCGAGGAGCAAGAGGAGCAGGGGGCAGUCUCCGCCGAGGACGAAGGGGCGAUCGCCGGAACGGAGGCCAGUCGCGAGCGGGUAAGAACAUAUUUCAGCCCUAG